CCUGAACAUAAAUAAAUAAAUUUAUUUAAGUAAAACAAAGACCAAGGUUAAAGAGAGACCAAAAGAAGAGCUGGAUUCACAUGGGAGGUGUUUUGAUUUCUUAGCAUGGGUCCUCUCCUUCCUCCUCCUCCUCUCUCUCUUCUCCGAACCGACAAGUAUGAGCUUUGAAGCGCAAUAAAGAUCAGGAAAAAGAAAAUAUCCAUUUCUGUGCUCGUUCCUCGAUCUUUCUUUCCCUUCUUCAUCCUUUUCUAUUCUUUCAUUUCUAGCCCGGAGUUAUGGCCCAGGAUCAGGAAAUGGCUGCUCCUGUGGUGGACGGGAAUGACACUGUUACCGGUCAUAUAAUAUCUACAACCAUCGGAGGAAAGAAUGGAGAGCCGAAGCAGACAGUAAGUUACAUGGCAGAACGUGUUGUUGGAACUGGAUCUUUUGGAGUUGUUUUUCAGGCAAAAUGCCUAGAAACUGGGGAAACAGUGGCUAUUAAGAAAGUGCUGCAAGACAGGAGAUAUAAGAACCGUGAAUUGCAAUUAAUGCGUACCAUGGAUCACCCAAAUGUUGUUUCUUUGAAACAUUGCUUCUAUUCAACCACAACCACAAAUGAGCUUUUUCUCAAUUUGGUCAUGGAAUAUGUCCCUGAAUCCAUGUAUCGGGUGCUCAAGCACUACUGCAAUUCGAACCAGAGAAUGCCACUCAUCUAUGUCAAACUCUAUACCUAUCAAGUAUUUAGAGGGCUGGCAUAUAUGCACACAGUUGCUGGGGUAUGCCAUAGAGACCUAAAACCUCAAAAUGUUCUGGUUGACCCUAUCACUCAUCAGGUUAAGAUUUGUGAUUUCGGAAGUGCGAAAGUACUUGUUAAAGGUGAAGCGAACAUAUCAUACAUUUGUUCUCGGUACUAUAGGGCCCCAGAACUCAUAUUUGGGGCCACGGAGUAUACAACCUCAAUAGAUAUAUGGUCAGCUGGCUGUGUCCUUGCUGAGCUUCUCCUUGGACAGCCAUUGUUUCCUGGAGAGAAUGCUGUUGAACAACUUGUGGAGAUUAUCAAGGUUCUUGGAACACCAACACGUGAGGAGAUUCGUUGUAUGAACCCGAACUAUACUGAUUUCCGGUUUCCUCAAAUCAAGGCCCACCCGUGGCACAAGGUUUUCCACAAACGCAUGCCCCCUGAAGCAAUUGAUCUUGCUUCUCGACUACUGCAAUACUCACCAAGUCUACGUUGCUCUGCGCUAGAAGCAUGCGCACAUCCUUUCUUUAAUGAACUAAGAGAGCCAAAUGCUCGCCUUCCAAAUGGGCGCCCACUGCCACCUCUUUUCAAUUUUAAACAGGAGUUAAAUGGGGCCUCAGCUGAGCUCAUCAACCGAUUGAUACCCGACCAUGUGAAAAGGCAAAUGGGCAUUCCGUCAUUCCCAUCCCAGAGCGGCCUGACGUGAAUGAAACUGUAUUCUUGGUCAACCAUUCAAAGGGAUCCGAACGGGAUUCCUCAAUAGAAAUCACGACCACCAUUAAUGUGGCAGCUGGCAGGCAGAUCAACACGGACAAGUCUGCAUGUAUAAUUAUGUCUUUAUGAUUACAUAUAUAGAUAAAUAUUCUUGUGCCAUUUUAUUUUAUAUAAAGACAUAUAAUUAUGUCUUUAUUGCCACUUCAAGGAAGAAAUCCGUUUUGGUAUAUGUUUGAUUGAACCAAAGACCAUAAAGCUACUAGGCAGCCAACAACUUGGAUGUAUGGGGGG